AUGGGGUUGCAGAGUCCCAUAACUCAAAAAAUACUAAGAAGUGAUAAUAAUGCUGAAGAAAAGCAGUAUCUUGACCUUUGUAAAAAAAUAAUUACUAAAGGUAACCUGAAAACUGAUCGAACUGGGACAGGGACUUUGUCUAUAUUUGGAGAACAGAUGAGGUUUUCUUUGAGAAAUAAAAACUUUCCCUUGUUAACUACGAAAAGAGUUUUCUGGAGAGGCGUCGUUGAGGAACUUUUGUGGUUUAUAAAAGGAAAUACUAACGCCAAAGAAUUAAGCGAAAAAGGGGUUCACAUUUGGGAUGAUAAUGGCUCAAAGCAAUUUCUUCAGUCUAUAGGACUCGACCAUCGUGAGGAGGGAGAUUUAGGGCCGGUGUAUGGAUUUCAGUGGCGUCAUUUCGGCGCUACCUAUAAAGAUAUGCAUCAUGAUUAUUCUGGUGAAGGCGUUGACCAAUUAAAGAAAAUAAUCACAACUAUCAAAAAUAAUCCCGACGAUCGGCGCAUGAUUAUAUCUGCUUGGAAUCCUCCUGACCUUUGCAAGAUGGCCCUCCCGCCUUGCCAUCUACUAGCUCAAUUUUAUGUUUGCAAUGGAGAGCUUUCUUGCCAGAUGUACCAGCGCUCGUGUGACAUGGGCCUCGGCGUUCCCUUCAAUAUUGCGUCGUACUCGCUACUCACGUGCAUGAUAGCCCACGUGACUAGGUUACAACCCGGUGAAUUUAUACAUGUUUUGGGCGACGCACAUGUUUACCUGAACCACGUGGAGCCUCUUAAAGAACAGCUCACGCGAGUCCCUUCGAAGUUUCCGCGGUUGUUUAUUAAGCGGCAGGUGACUGAUAUUGAAGAAUUUAAAUUCGAAGAUUUUGAAUUGACGAAUUACUACCCCCAAAGCGCUAUCAAGUUAAAAAUGGCCGUGUAGUUCAGCUCUGAAGUUUUUUCAAUAUCAAUAAAUUAAUUUUUUAGUAGGAAA